CCUGCUGGACAGGGAUCAUUCAGAACUUUUGCUUAUUUGCACUGGGCAUGGUGCCCUCCAUCCAGUCCCACAGCAGCUCACUAAAGCCCAGCAGCUCAGAUCCAAACAAUGUGUCUAACAGCAAUGUGCUGACUCCUGCCCCAACCCACAGCCCAAGCUGCUUUUCAGCCCCAGCAUGUAUAAAAAGGUUCGUUCACUUGGGGGUCAGAACAUGGUUUUUGUGGAGCCCCUUUGAGCACCGAGCAGCUAUUCUUUGGGGCCGGUCAGAAAUCCUCUGCUCUGAAGGUAAUUCCACUCUGAAACACCCGGUAGCAUGGCUCAGCAUAAUCCAAACCCACUGGGACCUUGGAAGAUCACAGUUUAUGACCAGGAAAACUUCCAGGGAAAACGUCUGGAGUUCACCUCGGCCUGCCAGAACGUCAUGGAGUGUAGCAUUGACAACAUCCGCUCACUUAAGGUGGAGUGUGGCGCCUGGGCAGGAUAUGAGCACUCCAGCUUUUGUGGGCAGCAGUUUGUGUUGGAGAGAGGAGAGUAUCCUCAUUGGGAGUCGUGGAGCGGCAGCAACGCUUACCACAUCGAGAGGAUGAUGUCCUUCCGCCCCAUCUGCUCUGCUAACCACAAGGAGUCCAAGAUGAUGCUGUUUGAGAAGGAGAACUUCAUGGGAAGCCAGUGGGAGAUAAACGACGACUACCCCUCACUGCAGGCCAUGGGCUGGGGUAACAACGAGAUCGGAUCUAUGCAAGUUCAGGGCGGCGCUUGGGUGUGCUAUCAGUUUCCGGGUUACCGUGGUUACCAGUACAUAAUGGAAUGUGAUCGCCACGGCGGCGAGUACAAACACUACAGAGAGUGGGGCUCCCAUGCUCAGUCCUUCCAGGUGCAGUCGCUGCGUCGGAUCCAGCAAUGAGGCCUGCGGCCACCUCUCCCAACCGCUCACUCAUUACCUCCUCUACAACCUCCUCCUCCGCCUCCUCCUCUUCAUCUUCCUUCAUUCACCCUGUCAUUCCAGCAUCCUCUGGUGCUUUGGAAUCAAGAUUUUUACAGAAGUUUUGUUUUGUUGCCAAAAGAAAAUGAAGAAAAGCAUCGGAGAGAAUUGAGGAGAGAGAAACCGACAAGAAGCUCUUGACUGAUGCCUCCUGCAGAUGCAAGUGGACGAAUUUAAAGGCCUCUAGGUGGCAACAGAGUGGUGUUGUCACUCAGUCAUUGAUUUGCAUGUUUGUGGGUAACUAUGGUGCUACCAGCAAUAAAGAAAGAAAGAAGGGGCAACUUAAAUAAACACAAAUUCAAGAGUCUGCUGCUAACCUG